GAAACCCCUCCCCGCGGGCGGAGACAGCUCCGAGAGUCGACGCCCGGCCUCGGCCGCCAGGACCCAGAAGCUGCGGCGGCGCGGAGCAUGGGCCUGUGAUGGCCAUGGAAGGCUACAGGGGCUUCCUGGGGCUGCUGGUGUCGGCGCUGCUCGUCGGGUUCCUGUCAGUGAUCUUCACCCUUAUCUGGGUCCUCCACUACCGCAAGGGGCUUGGCUGGGACGGAGGCGCUCUCGAGUUUAACUGGCACCCGGUGCUCAUGGUCACCGGCUUCGUCUUCAUCCAGGGCAUCGCCAUCAUCGUGUACCGGCUGCCAUGGACCUGGAGGUGCAGCAAGUUCCUGAUGAAAUCCAUCCACGCAGGGCUCAACACCAUCGCCGCCAUCCUGGCCAUCGUCGCCCUGGUGGCUGUGUUUGAUUACCACAACGUCGGGAGCAUCCCCAAUAUGUACAGUCUACACAGCUGGCUGGGCCUGGCAGCAGUCAUACUGUAUGUCUUGCAGCUUCUCCUAGGUUUUUUCAUCUUUCUGCUCCCGUGGGCUCCAGUGUCUCUGCGAGCAGUUGCCAUGCCCAUCCAUGUUUAUUCUGGACUAUUCCUCUUUGGGACAGUGAUUGCAACAUCAUUGAUGGGAGUGACCGAGAAGCUGUUUUUUGUCCUGAAAGACCCUGCCUACAGCACAUCCCCCCCGGAAGGUCUCUUCACAAACACCCUGGGCCUUCUGAUGGUGCUCUUCGGGGCCCUCAUCCUGUGGAUCGCCACCAGGCCGCAGUGGAAACGUCCCAAAGAACCAGACUCUACCCUUCUUCAGUCAAACGGGGGCGCUGCAGAGGCGAUGGAAGGCUCCGUGGCAGUAAACCUUGCCAACAACCCGGACAAAUCCGAUCCAGACCCAAACAGUGAGGCGAGGAAAAGAAACUUCGCCCUGGAUGAGACUGGUCAGAGGUCCACCAUGUGAGGUGGCAUGAAGACGUAGCCGUGUAUACUUCACCUUUAAAAACUCACCCCAAAGCUUAGCUUCUUCUAUUUAGCCGUAUGAUUUUAUUUUAAUCGUGUAAGAGGAGUUCUAGAAAGUGUUUGCAUUGAUUAAGGUCCAUCUAAUUUGGAAAGGGUGUGAUUGAUAACUAAUAGGUGAUAUCAGUUGUGGUGAUGUUACCUCUUUCUUCUCAUGGACCAAACCCUUAGCACAGAGCUCAAAAUGCACCUGCCCGCUGCUUCACUUGAUAAACUGGCAACAUCCACUGCCUCUUGUCAGGGAACCCAGUGAUUACAAAAGUAGGCGGCACCAGCCCUCAAGUUUUCAAAUCCAGCAUGAAUAGAUGGGGCUGGCUAUAGACCUUCAUGCGACACACACAUCGUAACUGGCUUGUAUUGUGGCAUGUGGGGCCAGCUGCUGGGUGAAGGAGGUAGAUCAUCUCCUGGUGGAACUUGGAACAGUCCCCACGAGUCAGCCAAGCCUGAGCUUUUCAGGAUGAUUGUCCUGUAUAAUCCAGAUUCUAAUGUGGUCGUAUUGAAGAUAACGCCCGAAUGCUCAGGCAGCCUCAGCUCCUCUCCACAUCUCAAAGGAGCUCUUUCCUUGAGCUUCUGGCUCUGUUUUUUUGAAAGCACUCAGCUAGCACCUUGCACCAGACGCUCCUCUGGGCACUUCACAAAAGCCAGCUCGUUCAGUGACAGUAAGGGACGUGUCAUGAUACUCAUUCUACAGGUGACAGAGCCAGAGCUUGGCGAGCUCAGGGGACUUGCCCCAAGGUCACACAGCUCCUACAUGGAGGAGCAUGACCCUAAGCACUUCUCUGCUGUUUUUCUGUUUUGUGCUGAGACCCUCUCAGCCCUAAGAAAAUUUCAGCUUUGGAGCUGGUAAAGGGCACUCCCUUGGUCGGUGGCCCUCUUCCAAGAUUAGAGUCCCCGUGUGAAUGGGGACCGCCCCACCACUCCCCCAAUACCUGGAAAUACGUCAUGGGGCUCCUGCUGCUGCCUACAAGCCACGGUGCACCUUGGUGUUCCUUUGAUCUUGAAAUUGUAUCUUGGUGACAAAUUUGAGCAAGAACAUCUGUACCUUUCAGGAUUAACUAAGCAUAAUGAUAGGGUCUUAGGUGCUGGGGAGCUUUGGAGCCAGGAAACACUUACCUCCUCCCCAGGACAACGGCAAGCCGUGGUCCCUCCCGACUGGUGGCUCCGGAAUGGGGUGUUCUGAGUUUUGAUGGAGACUCACCUGACCAUUCCUCCUGCAUGGGAACCUCUGUCUGGGCCCUAGGCCGACUUACAUCCCUACCUAGAAUUAAGUAGUGCCUAUACUUCUCAUUGAUUGAUGUUUGACCUUCCUGUAGCUUUAAACUAAACUAUUGUAAAACGUAAAAAAGCUGUACCAUUGACCACAAAUUUGCUUAACACUACCAGUGCCUGUGGCAUUGGGUUUUGAAGGUAACUGAUGGUAGCUUCCACAGAGCCCUGGGAGUGCCACUCCAUCACACACACCUCAGAUGCCACAGGUGACCAGGAAUGGUUACCCUGUUGCAGCGUGCAUCCUUCUAACUUAGUUGUCUGACGCUCAGUAACACGGUUAACUUCUGCCCCAGGGAGGGCAGGACAUGAACUUGGUGUUAGAAGGAAUAACUGCACGGUCACCCACCAAGAUGUUUUGAUAAAUGGAUGUCUCAGCACAUAAAAGCAUUCCACAAAAUACCAGAGUUUUGGGGGGGGGGGGGUCAAUGAUAAAGACACUGGGCCCUGAGAAUCGAGGCCAAGAACGAGGUCAUCAGUGCAAAGUUAAUUGCAGUUUUGGCAUUUGCACGCCUCCUUGGCAGGUGAUCCCAGUCCCCCUCGGCUCAGCCGCUAUUUUCUCCUGUGUUUUGGGCUAAUGUGUGGGUAAUCUUACAGAUAUUAUAGGAUCUUCUUUCUAUUUCAGCCUUUCUGAAAACAAUGCAUUGUAAAAUAUCUCUAGAAAACCUUUCUGUUUAAGACUCUUCUUCUUUUCAUGGGCUUUUAAUUCUAACGAUAAUUGCACCAUUAUCUUUCCAAAGCCUACAUUUCCUAUGUAAAGCAUCUCUUCCCUUCACCCCUCCAAAAAAUCUCUCAUUAAAAAACCCUCAAAGACGAAGGAGAGAAUAAAGCCGCAGGUAUCAAUUCCAAAACAGUGAUUGAAACUGCACCUAAAUAAUCAUAGCUUCUAUCUGUUAUUUGCCAAGAUCCGCUGGCUUGGCUUACUCCGUAAUCUAAAUUCAGAAAAGAAAGCUUUGUUUUAGCACUCACCAGAGUCAACAUGCAAGCCUUCUCCGUCAAGGGGUUUAUUGAGGAACCCAAAUGGAUAUUCUCUUUGGAAUCAGCGUCACCCAAAGCGUGUGGCUUCUGGUGUCAGACUCAGCCUGCCCUCCGAUGCACUUUGCCUCGUGUGCUUCUGUGGCUUCGCCGGAAGCUGUGCUGUUGCUAAACAGCAUCUCAGCCCUUCACAGCCAUCACACUUUGGAAAGAACACUGCUGUGUCUUACACGUAAGAAAGUCUAUAAAAAAAGAAGUUAGGAUUCUGUAAUCCCCUACAAGGUAGCUGAAAACUUUAAAUGGACAAGAUUUCUGUCUUUGUCUUUUUAUCUCAGCACAUUUAUGAAAAGAUAUUAAAUAUCUUGAAUAUUUUAUAAUUUUGUAGAAAAUAUGCAUCUAUUUUUCCUUGACUUGUUUUUAUAUAGUAAUAAAAGUUAUUUUGCAA